GGCGUUUCCGUGCGCUGACGCUAGGAGCUGUCCGUGGUGCUGAAGCCUCUCUCUCCUCUCUCCGGCAGCCCACAGCCAGCUCUCCGCUCUCCGCGCGUCCGAAUGAAAAAGAGACCUCUGCGUUUCACCUCAUUAUCCCUCUUCUGUCUUCACUCCGAGAUUAAUUACAGGAAGCAGCCCGACGGUCCUCGCCUCGCUUCGCCUCGCCUCUUUUCCCCCACUGGAAGUAUUUUUUCAUCAUUGUUAUUUUUGUUAAACACACGAACGAGCUGUUUCGCACGGCAGAGCGCGACUCUCGACUUCAGUAGACAUGUGUGUGAGACAACACCGGCAAUUCACGACUCUCUUCUUGUGCGCGGCUUUGGGUCUCGCCGCCGUCGUCGCCAACAUCCACGCACAAGGUCCAAGGGAAAUGAAUGGCAUCAGUAAAAAGUCCCAAGAUGGCAACAGGGACCUCUUCACACACCUACCAACACAAGACACAGAGAGUGAAGUCCAUUCAGUCACCACCAUCUCACCGAUGCACAUGCCCAACCACCAGCCGAUCCUCAAGGGCCUGCUGCUUCCCGAGCAUCUGCUUACAAGAGACUUCCAGGGAGACCAGCAUUUCUUUUGGAAGGAUGGCUCUGCGGCUGCGCACCCCACCAUGCCAGGCUCAUUGUCCGUUCCAAACGCGGAAGAUGCUGUAACUCGAAUCGUAUCCCACGAGGAUGCCCCAGCCUUCUCAGACAUUGCUACUACAGCCACUGCAGCUGCCACUUCCCCGCUGACCACAUUUUCCGCCACAACACCAGUCCCACCUGUGUCUCGUCCUCAGAGGAAGUCAGCCAAGGAGAAGACCAAGAGUUCAACCAAGGUGGAGCUGACCACACACUCCCUAACUACUCAAGUGACACCAUUUAGUAGAGGCAAUCCAGUAGUUGGCAAGGAUUUUCCUAUGGAUGCCACCCAUUCACCCAUGUCUACAAUGUUGGACAAAGGUCAUGGGAGGGACACGGUAAUCAAAAGCAAAACCAGUCCGGAUCAUCACCAACAAGAAGAAGGUACCAGCACAGGAUCAACAACGGUCAUCACAACGACAACCAUCACCACCAUGCAAACAUCAGAGCCAUGCAACAUGAAUUUCACUGAUUCAGAAGGUAACGUUGAAAUCCUGCAGCCACUCGACUCUGGUGUGGAGUGCAGCUACUUCAUUACCGUCUACCUGGGAUACGGCAUCGAGGUUCAGGUGCUGAACGUCAGUGUGAUGGAGGGGGAGCAGGUGAUGGUGGAGGACACGGGUGGCCAAGAACCAUUCAUUCUAGCCAACGAGUCGGUCUUGAUGAGGGGCCUUGUUCUACGCAGCUGGAGCAACCAGAUCUCAAUCCGCUUUCGAGGCAAUCAACGUCUCAAUUCAGGGUUCCUCCGGCUGCACUACCAAGCCUUUGUGCUCAGCUGCUCAUUCCCCAAAGAGCCUGCUGCUGGAGAAGUUUCUGUGACUCACCUCCAUGCUGGCGGAGAAGCCUUCUUCAGAUGUUUCACUGGAUACAAGCUGCAGGGUCCCAAAAUGCUCACGUGCCGCAACGCAACCACUCCGUACUGGAGUGGAAAAGAGCCCAGAUGUGUGGCAUCUUGUGGCGGAAUGAUAAAAAAUGCCACGUAUGGUCGUAUCGUUUCUCCUGGUUUCCCUGGCAACUACAGCAACAAUCUGACCUGCCACUGGGUAUUGGAAGCCCCCGAAGGCCAGCGGCUUCAUAUCCACUUUGAGAAGGUGGCUUUGGCCGAGGACGAUGACAGGUUGCUAAUAAAAAAUGGAAACAACAUUGACUCUCCUCCUAUAUACGACUCCUAUGAGGUGGAGUACUUACCAAAUGAAGGAGUGCUCAGUACCGACCGCUACCUGUUUGUAGAGUUCACCACGGACGGGUCGGUGACGUCCACCGGUGCAGCCAUCAGAUAUGAAGCCUUCGCAAAAGGGAUGUGCUACGAACCCUUUGUGAAGUACGGCAACUUCAGCAGCAGCGACGCCACCUACAACUUGGGAGCGGUAGUGGAAUUUUCCUGCGACCCUGGCUACACGCUGGAACAAGGUUCUGUAGUGAUUGAGUGUGUGGAUUCACAAAACCCACAGUGGAAUGAGACGGAGCCGGCCUGCAGAGCGGUGUGCAGUGGAGAGAUCACAGACUCCGCCGGUGUGGUGCUGUCUCCUAAUUGGCCCGAGGCCUACGACAAGGGGCAGGACUGCAUCUGGGGUAUCCAUGUGGAAGAGGACAAAAGGAUCAUGCUUGACAUCCAAGUGCUCAAUCUGGGUAAGAACGACCAGUUGACCUUUUAUGAUGGUGAUGACCUGACAGCCAACAUCCUGGGUCAGUACAGCGGCACUCGGCCACACUUCAAGCUCUACACCUCCAUGGCUGAUGUGACCAUCCAGUUUCAGUCGGAUCCUGCCACCAACAUCUACGGCUACAACAAUGGAUUUGUGGUUCACUUCUUCGAGGUGCCAAGGAAUGACACAUGCCCGGAACUGCCGGAGAUCCCCAACGGGUGGAAGAGCACAUCCCACCCCGACCUGAUCCAUGGCACCGUGGUCACCUACCAGUGCUACCCCGGGUUCACGCUGGUGGGCUCUGAAAUCCUCAUGUGCCAGUGGGAUCUCACUUGGAGCGGUGACGUGCCAAGAUGUGAUGAAGUUUUGACGUGUCGAGAUCCUGGGAACGUGGAGCACAGCCGUAAAGUGAUGACAGGCAGCCGCUUCGCCGUCGGAGCCACGGUCCAGUUCAUCUGUAACAAAGGCUACAUCCUUUCUGGAUCCAGCGUCCUCACCUGUUACAACCGAGAUUCAGCCGUUCCUAAAUGGAGCGACAGGCUGCCCAAAUGUAUUGCUGAGAAGUACGAGCCGUGCAGAAACCCUGGAGCAGUCUCCACCAGCGUGCAGAGCUCUGAAAAGGCCUUUUACCAAGCAGGAGAGACUCUCACCUUCUCCUGCAACUCUGGGUACGAGCUGCAGGGCGGCGCCACCAUCUACUGCGUCCCUGGACACCCUUCACAGUGGAACAGCACUCCUCCUGCCUGCAGAGCAGCUUCAGCACAGUAUGUAAGUGAACGACGGCUCGAUGAUGUCAAUAUGGAUUAUAGCAUGGAGGGAACCAAUAUUACUCUUGCAGUUUUCAUUCCUACUGCCAUCAUUUUGGUGGUUGUUUUAGGGAUUUACGUCUACUUUGCAAAAUUUCAAGGGAAGUCUGUCCGAAUGCCCGCGUCCUCACCUCCGUAUGACAACAUGAUGGAAGAGUCGGCUUUUGACAACCCGAUAUACGAAAGUGGACACUGGCAGACUCGUUGUCGAUACUAAACUCUGUCAGUAUUUCCACUUUGGCUUUCCUGCAGGACAACUGAAAGGACAAAUGAAACAGAUUAAGGAGUGUCCGUUUAAAGACCUUAAAGCAAGAACUGUUCCAGCUUUGCCUUGUGGGACUUUCUGCACUGCUCAUGUUUAUCUCCAAGCUGCUUUUAUUUUUAUUUCUGUUCCCAUUUUGAUUUCCUGUUCUGUUUGUAUUCAUGUAAAUAAGUCUCUCUCUUUUCUGCACAGUCAACGCUGUGAAUCUGUGUAACACCAAGGUGAUAUUUUUAUAAAGAAAGCUGUUGAUAACCAUUGGUGGUUGUAUGUUUUUGAGUACUUCUCGAUGGCCCAUAAUAAGCAGCCAGUAUUUAGAAAAGACAGGAGGAUUUUAUUUUGAAGGAUUUUAUCUGAUUGUUUUCAUUUUGAACACUUGAUUAAAUCUCUUAUUCAAAAGUC